AUGGGCCCUGCAUCUCCUGAGGUCUUCAGUUCAGGAGUGGAGGCCUUUCUGGAAGAUGCUUUAGUGAGAUCCAAAAUAUUGGGCUCCAUGGAGGGGAAAGAAUGUUGUGAAUUGACAGACUCGCAUCAGUCCUGCCCUGACCCCUCUUUGUUCCUGCUAACCGGCAUCCCUGGCCUGGAAUCUCAGCACGUCUGGAUCGCCAUCCCGGUCUGCCUCAUGUAUGUGCUGGCUCUGCUAGGAAACGGUGCUGUCCUCUUCGUGGUAAAGCAGGAUGUGACCCUCCAUGAGCCCAUGUACUAUUUCCUCUCCAUGCUGGCUGUCAUUGAUCUGGUCUUCUCCACAGCUGUUGUCCCCAAAAUGCUGAGCAUCUUCUGGCUGGAUUCCAGAGAAAUCAGCUACGAGUCCUGCUUCCUCCAGAUGUUCUUCAUCUACACCUUCGCUGCCGUGGAGUCGGGAGUGCUCCUGGCCAUGGCCAUAGACCGAUACGUGGCUAUCUGCAACCCCUUGAGAUACAAGGCCAUCCUAACCAACCCAAAGAUUGCCUUGAUCGGGCUGCUGUCCCUUGCAAGAGCAGUGGGGGUCAUGACACCCUUCAUCUGCUUUCUAACCAGUCUGCCCUACUGUAAAUCGACUGUCAUCCCUCAUUCCUACUGUGAGCACAUGGCUGUGGUGGACCUGGCGGGCACUGACUCAUCAGUCAGUGACAAGUACAGCGUUGUGGUGGCCACCACCUUAGUGGGAGGAGACGCCAUCUGCAUCACCUUCUCUUAUGGCAUGAUCCUCCGCUCUGUCCUGCGCCUCUCGUCUCACGAGGCGCGUCUCAAGGCCUUCAGCACCUGCGGCUCCCACCUCUGCGUCAUCCUGCUCUUCUUCGUGGGAGGGCUCCUUUCCAUGUACAUAGAAAUGUUGGACCUCGGUCUUCCACGUCACAUCCAAGUCUUGCUUGCUGACUUGUACCUCGUCAUCCCUCCCAUGUUGAACCCGGUCGUUUAUGGCCUGAAGACGAAGCAGAUCCGGGAACGGGUCUUCAAGCUCUUUAGACAAAGACAGGACUUAGCAGAACCCCGUAUGGAUGGAGGCCACUGA